AUGGUUAAGCUGAAAAAAAUAAGCAAAAGAAGAACGCUCAAGCAAAAAUAUUCGAUUGAAAAAAAGGUUGCUGCACAUAAAAAGAAAUUAAAAAAAAUCGUAAAAAAAACAAAUAUCCAUAAUCGUAGAAAUAAAAAAAAAGCUUUAAAAAUAUCAGAUUGUAUAUUUAAAGAAAGCAUAUUAAAUAAUAUAAAAAAUGCAGCAUUAAGUAAAAAAAAAAAAAACAGACAUGAGGAUGAUCUAUGUAAAGAAAUUAAUAUUGAAACUCUCGACGAUUCAACAAUAAAUAAUAUCAAAUAUGAACUUAAUAUUUCACAAAAUCAAAAUGAUGAUACUAAUUCAAUCGAUAUACAAAAUUGUAAUUAUACUUUCCAGGAAUAUAUAAAUUUAAGUUAUGGAAUAAAAGUCAAGUUGUUUGAAAAUGCAAAAAAAGAAAAUUAUUCUAAACUUAAUGAAAAAUAUUUAUAUAUUGAUAAUUUAUUAGAAGUAAUAAAAAAUAGUGACAUUGUUUUUUAUAUAGUUGAUAUAAGAAAUCCAUUGAUAUAUUUAGAUAAAGAUAUAAUUGAUUUUAUUAAAAUGUGUAAAAAGGAAAUUAUUAUUAUUUUAAAUAAAUGCGAUUUAGUAGAUAAAGAAAUAAUAAAACAGUGGCUAUUAUAUUUUAGGAACUAUUAUAUAACUAUUCCAUUUAUUUGUAAUAUCAAAAAUAAUGCCCAGUAUUUACAAAAACAAAAUAAUCAAUCCAAGAACACAAACCAUAAUCAACAAUAUAAUAAUCAUAUUGGCACAUAUGCAGAUAAUUUUCAUCAAAAUAAUAUCAAUUAUAAUAUAAAACAAGUUUUGAAAAAUUUAGUAAAUUCAGAUAUAAAAAUUACAUAUGGUGUUGUUGGAUAUAUAUACACAGGCAGACGAAGUUUUAUGAAAACGAUGCUAAAUGAAUUUAACGUUGUAGAUUCUAAUAAUAAACAAAUUGAUGUUAAUGUUUGUAAUAAUAUUAAUAUAUAUACUAAAUGUGGGUUAAUAUUAAAAAAUAAUUUAGAAGGUAUUGAAUUAAUUAAAAAAUUACAUUCCCUUAAUAAUAAAGAAAAAUUAUUUUUUUUAAGUGAAUUCUUAUUAAAUUUAAGUGGAAAAAAUUUUAUCAAUUUUUUUAUUUUAUUAAAUGAAAAUCAAAUUGGUCAAGACUAUAAAAAUAUUUUUGCAAAUGCUAUAGAUAAAGCACAAAAAAAAGAAAUCAAAAAAGAUAUCAUAUCUCAACUUCUUUUAAUAGAUAUAGACAAAUCAUUAGUAAAUAAUAAUAUUAAUUUUAAAAAUGUUACAAGUAUUUUUAGUAAAAUAUUCUUAAAUAAAAUACCAUAUUAUGUAAUACCAAAAUCACAAAUAAUGACACCAUCUAAUGAUCAAAAUAAUUCUGCAAAUUUAAUACUCGAACAAUUUCCCAACAUCAUACAACAACAGAUAUAUCAAAAAGUCGAUGAUUAUAUUCUUUCAAAACAAAAUAAAUUCACUAACUUUAUUAUUAUAAAAAGUGACAAGUUUAAUUUCUAUAUAUAA